GGGACGCAGGCAGGUAGCGCGCGGCUCCCCGGCUGUGUGCUGCUCGUGUCCGGGGUCCCCGGAUGGAGCGGUGAACGCCGCCACACAGGGGUGUGCCCCGCCAUGGCCCUGAGGAAUGGCCAUCAGUCCAGGAAGUGACGCAGCUUUCUCCAGUCAGAAAUCAACGCUCUCAGAGAGUCCUCGAUCAAAGAGAUUCCCACUAACUGAAGAGGAGAUAUUUUAUAUGAAUUGUAGAGCUGCCUACCUAACUGUUUUCAAAAGCAGCUUAGAAAACAUUAUUUCUAAAGAUCAGCUUUACUUAGCUCUUCAGCAUGCAGGAAGAAAUCCAUCCCAAAAGACCAUUAAUAAGUAUUGGACUCCUCAAACUGCCAAACUGAAUUUUGAUGAUUUUUGUAUAAUUUUAAGGAAGGAGAAACCUACUUCAAAAGCAGAACUGCUAAAAUCAUUUAAGCAAUUAGAUGUAAAUGAUGAUGGCUCUAUUUUACACACUGACCUUUAUAAACUUCUAACAAAGAGAGGUGAGAAGAUGACUAGAGAAGAAGUAAAUGCCAUAGUAAAUUUGGCUGAUGUAAAUGCUGAUGGCAAGUUUGACUACAUCAAGUUUUGUAAGUUAUAUCUGACAACCAACGAGCAAUGUCUCAAAACUGCUCUAGAAAAACUGGAAGUUGACAGUAAACUGAAGCGUCAACAUUUUGGAAGCCACAUCGAAGCGUCCCCUGAAAGGGAACCGUCACCAGUACCCAAACCAUCGCCUAGAAUCAUGAGAAGAAGUGACGAGGACACGUUCACAAAUAAAGGUGACACCAGGAGUUCCUUACUGGCAACAACUAGAAAGUUCAAAACAUCUGUCUCCUUCACAGUUACAAUGGGUGCUAAUAGUAAGCGAAACUCGAAGUUAACUGAGCCAAACUCAGUAAAGGAGUGGCAGUGUGUACAAUCAAAAGGUUGCUUUUUCUUGGAAGAAGAUGGUGAAAUCGUGAGUCAUCAAUACAGGAUGCAGAUAGCUCAGAGAUGCAUGGUUUAUCUAACAAUUAAGCCCUUAAACCUGAGUCAAGCUGAAGGAAAACCAUCCCCUUGGCUAUCAGUUGAUACUGCCUUGUAUAUUCUUAAGGAAAAUGAAAGUCAAGCAAAUCUACAGCUCAUGUGUUUUACUGAACUACAAAAUAGAGAAGUGUUUGGGUGGACUGGUGAACUGGCACCUGGAAUGUACUGGUUGAUCCCUUCCACAACUGGCUGUAGGCUGAGGAAAGAAGGACGAGCAGUAGCAGAAGAAGCCCAGCUUGUGUACAGAGAUGAGGCAGGGGAGCUGCUUCUUACGCAGGAGUUUAGGUCAACUUUAUCAGAUAUAUUUGAGGUAAUUGAUUUAGAUGGAAAUGGUCUUCUUAGCCUUGAAGAAUAUAAUUUUUUUGAAUUGAGAACCAGUGGUGAGAAAUGUGAUGAAGAUGCUUGGGCUGUGUGCAGAGAGAAUUUUGAUACAAAGAAGAAUGAACUAACAAGACGGGGCUUUAUGGAUCUGAAUCUGAUGGAAGCCAACGAUCGGGAGGGAGAUCCUCGUGACCUUUGGGUAACUCUGCACGCCAUGGGCUACAAUAAAGCUCUGGAAUUAACAGAGGCAUGCCCAUUUGUCAUCGAUGUCUAUGCAGACAAAUGCAAGCCAAGAAUUAAAGCUGUUCACAUGGAGGCGUGCAGUGGGCAACUUGAGAAGGCCAUUUGUAAGUCCGUCCUCAGCAAAGGUGAUGCCAAAGUAAUGGACGGCUAUGAAGACAUAAUUGUACAUACCUAUACGUGUGACACCUGGAUAACGUCCGUUAUUGAGAACAAGUCAGAUAAUAAAGCGAUUAUUCACAUCAGCAACGAGCUGAGUAGAAACUGCGUGAACAACAGAGGACUCAACAUCUUUGCAGUCGAAGUGGCACCCAAAUCUGCGAUGGUUUGUCAACAUGUGAUGCCUCUAAAUGGACAACAGGAGUGGAUGUCUCACUGUGUGUAUUCCCUCAUAUCUUAAGACUGUUUUUAGGAAAUAAUCCUAUUUGAGGCUAACAAACUAAGAAAAAUUAUUUCAGGUUUAGUCUGUUAUUUGCUGAUCAACUAAAUGUUAAUCAGUUUAAUUGAUGUACAUAAAUAAUAAUCUAUUUGUAUGGAUUUAUAUUUUGUGCCCAUGUUAUAUACUUCAUUAUUAAAAUAUAAAUAAUA